AUUUUAGGAAAUAUUUCACAGCGAUUGAAGCAGAAGAUGGUUGUUUUCAGAAUAAGGAGGGAUCAUAGGAGGCGUUAUAUUAUUCUGUUCUUAAGUCUCGCAUGUUUUAUUAUUUACCGCCACUUUGGAGGUCAGUCAGGGAGACUGAGGAUAAACCGGGCCAUAGGAUUGAGGGUGAACUCAUCCCAGUUCACCCUAGGAGGAGAGCAGUUUUGUAUUUUGGGGGGCUCUUUACACUACUUCCGUGUUCCCAGAGCCUACUGGAAGGAUCGGAUGAUGAAGAUGAAAGCCUGUGGUCUCAACACCCUUACCGUUGAUGUGCCGUGGUCUCUCCAUCAGCCCGAGAAAGAAGAAUUCAGUUUCCAAGAAGGUCACGAUUUAGAAUCUUUUCUUCAUCUGGCUACAGAAGUGGGGCUUUGGGUCAUUUUACGACCUGGGCCAUACGUAGGCUCGGAUCUUGAUCUUGGAGGAUUGCCUAGCUGGCUUUUACGUGAUAAAGAGAUGAGGCUGAGAACUACUUACCCAGGAUUCCUUGCAGCUGUAUGCCUAUAUUUCAAUAAUCUCAUUCCCAAAGUGAUGCCUUUCCAGUUUAAGAAAGGUGGACCGAUCAUUGCUGUUCAGGUGGAGAACAAAUACGGUUCCCAUGCGAGAGAUGGCAAAUAUAUGUCAUUUCUCAAAGAGGCUCUUCUGGAACGAGGCAUCAGUGAACUUCUUCUGACAUCAGACUAUCACGAGGGCCUGAAGUACGGUGGAAUCGAAGGAGCUUUAAGAGCUUUAAAUCUUCAGAAAAUAAAUUAUGAUGACAUCAGAUAUCUGAAAACUGUGCAGUCCAACAGUCCCAUGCUGGUGAUGGAGCUCUGGACGGGGCGAAGUGAUGGCUGGGGUGGUUUACAUCAUAGUUUUCCUGCCGAGGACCUGGUUGCCGUGGUGAGGGAGGCACUGAGACAAGGAAUGUCCAUCAACCUGUACUUGUUCCACGGAGGGACAAACUUUGGCUUUAUAAAUGGAGCGAUGGCCAACCCCUCUUACAAGGCUCUGGUCACAAGCUACGAUUAUGAUGCACCUCUGUCAGAAGCUGGAGAAUACACACCAAAGUUUCACCUCCUCAGAGAUCUUCUUAGCCGUUUCAACAGUGAAACGCUCCCUGUGAUGCCGAGCCUCCGCUGGAAAGAAGAAUAUGAACCGGCCAUUAUGUUCCAGCAUCUUUCGCUGUGGGACGCACUGCCAUACACACAUAAGCCUUUCAAAUCCAAGCUUCCUGUUAAUAUGGAGAAUCUUCCAGUGAAUAAUGGCAACGGCCAGGCAUACGGAUACACUCUUUAUGAGACCGUCAUCAUCACAGGAGGCUUUUUAAAAUCAGGACACAACAUCAAAGAUAGAGCUCUGGUGUUUGUGAACCAAAGUUUCAUUGGCAUUUUUUACCAAAGAAAUUUGGAAUUAGCCGUUUCUGAUGCAAAGGGGAAACGAACUCUGAGUUUGCUGAUUGAGAACUGUGGUCGUGUGCACUAUGGUAAAGAAAUGGAUGAUCAACGCAAAGGUAUUGUUGGGGAUAUUUUAUUGAAUAAUGUGCCACUUAGAGAUUUCACGAUCUUCAGUCUAGACAUGACUUCAGAUUUUUUCGACAGAUUGUACAGUGCACCUUGGAAGUUCCCUCCAAACAAACCGAGCUUCCCUGGAUUUUUCCAAGGCCGGAUAUUUGUGAACGGUUACCCAAGCGACACUUUCAUCAAACUGCCAGGUUGGAGUAAAGGUGUUAUCUUUAUUAACGGACAGAACAUUGGACGGUACUGGGACGCUGGACCACAGCAGGCUCUGUUUCUGCCAGGCCCCUUCCUUAACAGUGGAAUGAACCAGAUAAUUGUAUUUGAGGAAGCAGAAGGGGAUUUUAAAAUCCAGUUUGAAGAUUCCCCUGAUUUGGGAAUGACAGUUGACAUUUAACAAAGAUGUUUUUAUACAA